GGAGGGAAGGAGCUACGAGUAGCCGCCCAGAGGCCGCGGAGCCAGCGACGACCGACCCAGCCGAGCCGCCGCCGCCGCCGCGCCCCCAUGGCGGCCGCCAAGGACACUCAUGAGGACCAUGAUACUUCCACUGAGAAUACAGACGAAUCCAACCAUGACCCUCAGUUUGAGCCAAUAUUUUCUCUUCCUGAGCAAGAAAUAAAAACGCUGGAAGAAGAUGAAGAGGAACUUUUUAAAAUGCGAGCAAAACUGUUCCGAUUUGCCUCAGAGAACGAUCUCCCAGAAUGGAAGGAGCCAGGCACUGGUGAUGUCAAGCUCCUGAAGCACAAGGAGAAAGGGGCCAUCCGCCUUCUCAUGCGGAGGGACAAGACCCUGAAGAUCUGUGCCAACCACUACAUCACGCCGAUGAUGGAGCUGAAGCCCAAUGCAGGUAGUGACCGUGCCUGGGUCUGGAACACCCACGCUAACUUGGCCGACGAGUUCCCCAAGCCAGAGCUGCUGGCCAUCCGCUUCCUGAAUGCUGAGAAUGCACAGAAAUUCAAAACAAAGUUUCAAGAAUGCAGGAAAGAGAUCGAAGAGAGAGAAAAGAAAGGAUCAGGCAAAAAUGAUCAUGCUGAAAAAGUGGCGGAAGAGCUAGAAGCUCUCUCGGUGAAGGAGACCAAGGAGGAUGCUGAGGAGAAGCAAUAA